CAAUCUUACGCGCCGUCGCACUUGUCGUCCUCGAGCAGCCCGCGCUCGCCCCCUCCCCCCUUCUCGCAGACACUCCUUUAUCCCUUAUACACUUUGCACUUCAUGAAGCUCGCCGCUUUCUCCGCUCUUUUGACCCUGGUCACCGUCGCCUCGGCCCACGCCGCUCACGAUUCGCGACACGCUCGCGUCGUUAAACGUCAGGCGACGUCGUCCGUGGCCUCCACCUCCUCUGCCUCCGCCCCCGCAUCCUCCAGCGCAGCAUCGUCCGCCUCAUCCUCCGCCGCCGCCUCUUCAGCCUCGUCGGCGACCGCUGCGGCACCGUCUUCUUCCGCACCCGCUGCGGGUAGCGGCGCGUCCUCGGCGCCCAGCGCGGCAGGCACGGGCGUCCCACCGCUCAGCCAAAUCACCUCUGGCAUGCCAACGGGGACGACCCAGUCCGUCUCCGCUACGUUCAGCGCGGGCGCGUCCCCUCCCGUGUCCGGCGCUCCCGCCCUUCCCACCGCCUUCGUGUUCCAGGCUGGAAAGUGGCCCGCCCAGGACAAGGUCCCCGAUACCACUUCGGAUGAGGUCCAGGGGUGGAUGCAGGAGCUCAACGGCUGGAACAUCCCUUCGUGGACGCCCACUGCCGACGGCUCUUGUGCGGAGGACCCUGCCGCUGCCGCUCAGGCUUCCGACCGUGGCUGGUGGACGUGCGGCGGGUACACGCGCAGCACCGAUAUCACCGCCUGCCCGGAGAAAUUCACUUGGGGCGUCUCCUUCGACGACGGCCCCGGCCCAUAUACCCAAACUCUGCUCUCUUAUUUAACGGAGAAGGCCAUCCACGCGACGUUCUUCGUCGUCGGUUCGCGUGUCAUCGAACGUCCGGCGGUCUUGGUCGAACAGUACAUGACUGGCCAUGAGAUCAGCGUGCACACUUGGUCGCACAGGCCUCUUACAUCGCUCACGAACGAGCAGAUCGUCGCCGAGUUGGGUUGGACCCGCAAGGCCAUCCAGACCGUCCUCGGCGUGACGCCUACGACCAUGCGCCCGCCCUACGGUGAUAUCGAUGACCGCGUUCGCGCCAUUUCUCUGGCGAUGGGCCUGGUCCCCAUCAUCUGGACCCGGACCCCGUCUGCGGGCCAAUUCGACACCAAUGACUGGAAGGUUCCUGGCGGCUUGGUCUCUGGAACGGACUCGUUCGCGAGUUUCCAGUCCAUCCUCGGCAACGCUUCCAUCAUCGACACCGGAUUCAUCGUCUUGCAACACGACCUGUACGAAGCCACGGUUGACCUGGCCCGAGGCUAUACCCUCAACGCUGCGCUCUCGCACAACCCUGCUUUCACCCUCAAGCCCAUCGGCCAGUGCAUGAACAUCCCCACCACUAACUUGUACGUCGAGACCAACAAGAACGCGUCCUUCCCCUAUUCGAACACGACCUCGGCCUCGGGCAAGGCAUCGCAGUCCAACAGCAACAGCUCGUCCUCCAGCGGCUCGACCAGCGGCGCCUCUUCGAGCCUCUCGCUCCCGGGCUCCUUGGCCGCCGUCGGUGCGGGCGUCGCCGCGCUCGUCGCGUCGCUGUUGUGAUGAGCUGCAGCGGAUGCGCCGUCGGGUGCGGGAAGCACCGCGAGGACUUGCCCGGACUUGCCAUCGAAGAGAUACUCCUACUACAUUGGACUUCAUGCAGGCAUACCGUCGAUCGCGUUGCAUCCUAGCCACUGCCGGUCGGACAAUCUUCUUAGAUCUAGUGUCGGGUCGAUACAAUACACAUACGGAUCCAUUACUACUAUUGACCGCUUGAUGCCCUACUCGUAUUUCAUGCAUAUGCCUGCUCCCA